GGUCAGAUCUGCAAAGGGGCUUUGCUGGACGCUUCUGGUCUCUACAGGCCCCUGGGGGUGGGACAGGGGCCCUGGCAAGGCUGGGGCUGCUGUGGCAGUGGCUUGGGCUGGAGGACUUUCUUCCUGGGAGCUGAGCCGAGAGGCCCCUGCCGGCUUGUCCUCUGCUCUUGGCACUGGCGGUGGCUUAGGCUUCACACACUGUCAGACGCCUCCUUGGUGGCCUCAGUGGCCUCACAUUCAGGUUUGAAGCUGGCUUCCCGAGGGACACGGUGACAUGAGGGGCACCCCACUGACCCAUCUUCUGGCCAUCUCCUUCCUCUGCCUACCCUCAAUGGUGUGUGCCCAGCUGUGCCCAGCAUCCUGUACUUGUCCCUGGACACCACCCCAGUGCCCGCCGGGGGUGCCCCUGGUGCUGGAUGACUGUGGCUGCUGUCGAGUGUGUGCACGGCGGCUGGGGGAGUCCUGUGACCAUCUGCAUGUCUGCGACCCCAGCCAGGGCCUGGUUUGUCAGCCUGGGGCAGGCCCCAGUGGCCGGGAGGCCCUGUGCCUCUUGGAAGAGGAUGAUGGAAGCUGUGAGGUGAACGGCCGCAGGUACCUGGAUGGGGAGACCUUUCAGCCCAAUUGCAGGGUCCUCUGCCGCUGUGACGACGGUGGCUUCACCUGCCUGCCGCUGUGCAGCGAGAAUGUGAGACUGCCCAGCUGGGACUGCCCACGCCCUAGGAGAGUAGAGGUGCCUGGCAGGUGCUGUCCUGAGUGGGUGUGCGACCAGGGAGCCAGGCCAAGGAUCCAGUCUUACACGGCCCAAGGACACCAACUUUCUGGGCUCGUCACUCCUGCAUCUGCUGAUGUCGCCUGUCCCACAUGGAGCACAGCCUGGAGCCCCUGCUCAACCACCUGUGGGCUGGGGAUAGCCACCCGCGUAUCCAACCAGAACCGAUUCUGCCAGCUAGAGAUCCAGCGCCGCCUGUGUUUGUCCAGACCCUGCCUGGCCGCCGGGAGUCGCAGCUCAUGGAACAGUGCCUUCUAGAGCCAGCUGGAGAUGGAGAUACAGA